GCCACCACCUGCUACUACUGUAUGUCAAGUGAUUUCUCUUCAUUUCUUUUUAAUAUACUCAAUCUGGUUUUACACGUAUCAACUUGGUUAAAACUCAAAGAAAAACACCUGUGACAGGAUUGUAAAAAAUAUACACACAGGUAUAUAUAAAUAUCUGUGUGUAUAUAUAUAUGUAUGUGUAAUUAUAAAAUUUCACUAGGAAUGAUUGAUCCAGUUUACGGUUUCUUCCUAAUCAUAUGUCUAUGGCUACUUGCAAUGUUCAAAGUGUAUGGUCUGGUAACCAUAAAAUAUCUACAAACAUUCAAGCUAUCAGGACAAAAGAAAGCAGAAGACGGUGGGAAGAGACAAGAAGAGAACUGCUUACGUGAUGACUGGCAGCAAAGAAAGGAGGAGAAAAAGUACCGUGAUCGGUCGAAAGAAAGAGAACGAGAUUGUUAUGGCCAGCGGACUCGAGAUCAAAGCAGUUGCACUGGACGGUCGACUGAAGACGAGAACAGUCACCGCGAACAGCAAAGAUCAAAUGAGAGCAGCAGCUCUGAACAGCAGGUUCUGUUCGAGGAUGCGUUGUGUGAACAGCAGACACAGGUUAAGACUGGUGACUGCGGUGUACAGCGGACUCGAGCCAAGAGCAGUUGCUAUGAGAAAAAGGCCCCACGGAAGAAGGUCAGGUCAAGAAAUAAGAGUGAAUUGGAAGAAAGCAGUGAUACAUCGACAAACAAUCUGGCUUUGACAACAUCAGACAUAGCUAAGUCUUCAAGUGAAAGCAACAUUUCAAUGAUGUCUUCUAAGGAAACGUGCAGCACAAAACAGAAAUAUUCAAGUCUGAAAAGCAACGGAAGCCACGGGCAUCAUUGCAAAAGGUUAAGUUGUUCUGGGCCCACCACCUCAGAACUUAUCAGGCGCUUCGAGUCUAAAGACAGAUCAGAGGACAACACUGUCAGACAUCGGCACAGAAAGAACUAUGUCAGUGUUACCAAACUUGUGGAUACAUUUGAAAAUCUUGCUGGAAACAAAAGUCGCCAUUAUGUGCAUGUACCUCUGUAUCCUUACUGAAUUCUGAUUGGCUGACUGGCUGGUCUCACAGCAGGGUUUCCACCAAUCAGAUUUGUGGGAUGCUGUCAGUAGAUGUAUGACAUCAUCACUAGCUCUGGUUGCUUUUAAUUAGCUGGAAGAUGAUUAUAGAAGACAGGAGGUAGGAUACAAGUCUGGAGAGAAGGGGUGGAUUUGACUGAAUCAAACCCUGCUGAAACCCCUACCGAAGUGUAUUACUAUAUUUGUUUGUUCUUGUUGUCUCUGUUCCUUUCUCACCCUAGGAGAUGAAAAUGCAAUGAUUAACCCCGCUGGGAUUAGGACUUGAAAUUCUGAAUGCAAAAGGUCAAGACGAAAUAUACUAACAGGCAGGAAAUGUUAUUAUUGGCAGGAUUUUUCCAAGUCCUUUAUAAACAUAUGUCCAUAAUAAUUCUAACUACUUUUACCCCCUAAAAUAUAAGGCUUUUGUCUGGCCAGAGGAAAACAAAGCUGAAACAUCAUUAUCAUUACUAUUCUGCUGCAGUCAACUUUGCCUUUCACCCCAGUUGAUAAAAUAAGUACCAGCGUACCAGUCAUGUACUGGGGUGAUGUAAUCGUCUUGCCCCUCCCUUCAAAAUUGGUGGCCUUGUGCCAAAAUUCGAAACCAUUCUUACUGUUGUGGAUUAAUAGAAUUGUUAGAACAUCAGACGAAAUAUAUUAGAAUCUAACAAAAUUGUCUGACAAAUGGGAACAUGAAACUCUAGUUUUUGUGAUAUUUCUGCUGCUUUUAAAUAAAGUAUGUAUGUAUAUAUGUAUAUAUAUGUGUGUGUGUGUGUGUGUGUGUAUAUAUAUAUAUAUAUAUAUAGCAAAAAUUUAGAUUCAGGUGAAUAUGGUACUUAAGUUGAGGCAUUAGAAUUUAGUAAGGUAUUAUCCAUACAGUUUCAAAGUAAGGUGAUUAAAAUCAAAAUAAGCAACAAGGAUAUCCAGAGAUAACGCAGAAUGAUCGUUUCAAGCAACUCUGUUUAAUUGAACAAUGCAAUCAUUACAUCAAUUUAAAUGCAGAGCAAUCCUCAGCUGCAUAAAUACAUAGAAUUUAAUUAAAUUAAAACAGAUGGACACAUUAGUAGAAUUUUACCUAAAACCUCCAAGAAGGUAAGGAGAUAGACAAAGAAGAUGCUGUCUUCACUUCAGCUUAGAAGCUGAUGAGGUAUCAGGAAGAAAGACUUGUUAGGGAUCUAGCUUAUCAGUUUUUUGGGGUCAGUUUUAAUUUAUAGUCUUGUUUACCAAAUAUGUAUGUGUGUAUAUAUAUAUAUAUAUAUAUAUAUAUAUAUAUAUAUACAUACAUACACACACACACACACAUAUAAAUAUAUAAACAAAAUCUUCUUCAUUUGUGUUGCAUAAAUUUUCUGCAAUGAAGCUGUGAAGAAGUGUUGUCCUAUAUUCUGAGCAUGUGUGCCAAUAGUCACUGGUUGAAAUCCAACACCAUUCAGUGAGAUAUGUCUUCUUGUUUUUUUUUUUCACUAAAUCCCUUUCGAUAGGAAGACAAAAAUCUAAACCACUGAUGUUGUUUAUUAUUAUUGUUAUUACGGAUAUAAUUAUAUAAGUACCAGUCAAGUACUGAGGGUUGAUAGAAUUGGCUAAGUUCUACCCCCUAAAAUUACUGACCUUAUCCCAUGCCUUUCAUUCUUACGGGGUCGAUUAAGUACCAGUUAUGCACUGGGAUCAAUACAAUCGACUUAAUCCCCUCCCCCAAGCUACCCUUCUGUCAAAAAUUUGAAAUCAUCAUUAUCAGUAGUAGUAGUAGUAUUAAAGUGGUUAGCUGGCAGAAUCUUUAGCAUGCCGGGCAAAAUGCUUUGCAGCAUUUCGUCUGUCUUUAUGUCCUGGGUUCAAAUUCUGCAGAGGUAGCCUUUCAUCCUGUUGGGGUUGAUAAAUUAAGUACCAGUGAAACAAUGGGGGUCGGUGUAAUCGACUUUCUCCCCUGCCCCAAAUUUCAGGCCUUGUCCCUUCAGUAGAAAGGAUUAUUAUUAUUGCUAGUGUUAUUGGAAGGUGGUGAGGUGGUGGAAUCGUUAGUGCUUUGGACAAAAUGCUUUGUGGCGUUUUGCCUGUCUUCGUGUUCUGAGUUCAAAUUCCACUGAGGUUGACUUUGCAUUUCAUACUCUCAGGGUCAUUAAAACAGGUACCAGUUGAACACUGGAGUCGAUGUAAUUGACCCACCUCCUAGUCCGAACAUGUCGGUCUUCGGCCAAAAUUUGAAAUCAUUAAAAUAAUUAUCGUUAGUGAAGGAUGACAAACGGGCAGAAUUGUUUAGUGUAGUGGACAACAGGCUAAGCACCAUUUCUUCAAGUUCUUUCCAUUCUGACUUCUAAUCCCUCCAAGGUCAACUUUGCUUUCACUCCUUUGGUGAGGUGAUGAAAUAAGUACCAGUUACACAUUGGGGGUCGAUAUAAUCAACUUAGUCCCCUCUCCCAAAAUUUCAGGCCUUGUACCUAUUAGUAGAAAGGAUUAUUAUCAAAGUGAAGAGCUGGCGUAAUCUUAAAUGCAACAGAAAAUUCUUUUGUGUAUUUCUUCCAAAUUAUUAUUAUUAUUAUUUUUCCACCACAAAUUCUUUUAUCUGUUCAAUGCUUAAGCUCUAGUACUGCUUCUGUGUGGCCGUUAAUUUUUGCUAGAAAUUGCAACCAACUUUCCCUCAAAUCAAACCAAACUGUCUCUCUCUCUCACAAACACUCAGGUAACUAUCAGACACUGACAUAUGCUGUUGUUUAGCAAAGUGCUAAUUACAUAAUUUAUGUUAAUUUUAAUAAGAUAACUAAUGAAGAUGUGGUGCAUGUGUGCAUGUGUUUGUACAUAUAUAUAUAUAUGUAUGUGUAUAUAUAUAUAUAUAUGUAUAUGUACACAUAUACAUGUGUGUGUAUAUAUAUAUAUAUAUAUAUAUACACAUACAAUAAAAUCAUCAUCAUUAUCGUUUAACGUCUGCUUUCCAUGCUGGCAUGGGUUGGACGAUUUGACUGAGGACUGGCAAGCCAGAAGGCUGCACCAGGCUUCAAUCUGAUUUGGCAGAGUUUCUACAGCUGGAUGCCCUUGUAUGUGUGUGUAUAUAUAUAUAUAUAUAUAUAUAUACACACACACACACACUUUGAUAGAACUUAUAUUAAAUUUCUAGAACUUAGGGGGUUUUAUGUUCACAAAAAUCAACAACAAUGACACUGUUGUCGACUUCAAUGGAAUGUUGGAGUUUCAUUUAAGAUUUUAAAUUCUACUUGAAAAUUGUUGUUUUUUUUUGGAAAAAUGAAACUUGAGAUUUCAGACAUUUAAAUUCAAAUUCUAUUAGAAAGAAUUGUUUUUCCACUUUUCCAAUGUUGAGUUCCCAGCUUUCCAGUUUGUUCUGAUGAUGAUGUAAAUGUGUAUUAGACAAUAUUGUCGUAGAUAUUUGUGAAAAAAAACAGUGUGUUCAUGGUUGUGUAUAGAAACUGGAAUGAAUCCUGUUACUUGUAUGAUUCGGGAGAGUCAGUUUGGUCAUGUUGCUUGAUUAUCUGAGUUGGAUCUGGUGUAUCUUAUUCUCUUCUCUGAGGCUGGGGUGACAUGGUCAUGUUGGUUGGCCACAUGCCCCUGGGUUCGAUUUCUUUGACUAAAGGUGGUGCUCCAGCAUGGCCACAGUCAAAUGACUGAAACAAGUAAGAGUAUCUAUCACACUCUGCCAAGACAAGUAGACACAUCAUCAUCAUUUAAGGUCCAUUUUCUAUCCUGCCAAGGGCCACUCGCAGAGAUCUGGACCAACUGAGACACUGCUCGGAGGGUUGCCAGGGACAACCCAAGCAAAUAACAAUAAAUUGUGGAUGCAACAAUGCACUGCUAUGGUGCAUGCCACCAUUCUUGAUCUGACGCAUUGGUGGCUAGAAUACUUUUGGUCAUAAGCUCAUUGGAGACCAUCACGAAGCGGGAUGGGUGACCAUCACAAAGUGGGAUGGGUGACUAUUCAAGCAUAAAUCAAGCUCUGGUUUUUAUCAAGGAACAGAAAAGCAAGCGUGAAUGAGAUUUUUAUAAAACAUGAAAUACUAUGUGAGGUUUAGCUGUAAUCGUAAGAGAAAGUUAAUACCAACCAGGCAGGGCCCUGCUGUUACAAAGCUAACUGUAAUUUGUUUAAAAAAUGUAUUUCCUAAGGGGAAAAAAAAAAUAUUAUUUUCUUGUUUAAAACAAUAUUUUUGUAUUUAUUUGAAAAGAAAUCAAUUUUAAAUAAUAAAGAUAUUUUUUUUAAGAAACAA